AUGUGUUGGUUGAAGUCGGAGAGGGAAGGGGAUGGAGGGGAGCGUGUCAAGGUGGCUGUUGAGGUAGGGGUUGGAGACAUGUUGGUUGAAGUCGGAGAGAUGGAGAGCAGAAAGACCUGCAUGCUGGGGAGGGAGGAUGAGGGGGGAAAAGGGGAGAGGGGAAAACCAGACGAGAGUGGAGAGGAGGAGAGCGGAGAGGAGGAGAGCGGAGAGGAGGAGAGCGCGGAGAGGAGGAGAGCGGAGAGGAGGAGAGCGGAGAGGAGGAGAGCGGAGAGGAGGAGAGCGGAGAGGAGGAGAGCGGAGAGGAGGAGAGCGGAGGAGGAGGAGAGCGGAGAGGAGGGGAGCGGAGAGGAGGGGAGCGGAGAGGAGGGGAGCGGAGAGGAGGGGAGCGGAGAGGAGGGGAGCGGAGAGGAGGGGAGCGGAGAGGAGGGGAGCGGAGAGGAGGGGAGCGGAGAGGAGGAGAGAGCGGAGAGGAGGAGAGCGGAGAGGAGGAGAGCGGGAGAGGAGGAGAGCGGAGAGGAGGAGAGCGGAGAGGAGGAGAGCGGAGAGGAGGAGAGCGGAGAGGAGGAGAGCGGAGAGGAGGAGAGCGGAGAGGAGGAGAGCGGAGAGGAGGAGAGCGGAGAGGAGGAGAGCGGAGAGGAGGAGAGCGGAGAGGAGGAGAGCGGAGAGGAGGAGAGCGGAGAGGAGGAGAGCGGAGAGGAGGAGAGCGGAGAGGAGGAGAGCGGAGAGGAGGAGAGCGGAGAGGAGGAGAGCGGAGAGGAGGAGAGCGGAGAGGAGGAGAGCGGAGAGGAGGAGAGCGGAGAGGAGGAGAGCGGAGAGGAGGAGAGCGGAGAGGAGGAGAGCGGAGAGGAGGAGAGCGGAGAGGAGGAGAGCGGAGAGACCUGGAUGCUGGGGGGGGGGAGGAGAUGA